AUGUCUAUCCCAUCUGUCUCGGCUGGUCGUGUGGGCUUGUCCAUGGUGACUACACUUGCGCGCCCCAGUGUCGUUGUCCGAGGUGUCACGCAGGGAGGGCCAGCGCAACUAGUCCGGCUCAACUCAUCUCUUGUCCGACCGUCGUGUGGUAUUCAGAGCCAGACCUUCCAAUCUCACAAUGUUCGACCUUCCGCUGUCUGCCUGCACCGUCCGGCCGGUCUGCGUGUGCAAUCCACGGCUGCGCCAAAGAACAACGAGGUCAAGCUUGACUGGGACUCAUUCUUCAAGCUCCGAGCUUCGCGCCGUCGUUAUUCACUAGCAUCUUCCAUCAUCACAUCUCUCGUUUCUACCUCUGUCGGAGUUCAAGUUCUUGCGGCUCAGGAUUUGGAGGCUCUGGGAACUCAGGUGAUGGGCCUGGAUCCCUUUGUCGUUCUCGGGCUGGCAACUGCGGCUUGCGGUGCCGUUGGAUGGUUGAUGGGUCCUGCGGUAGGCAAUGGUGUUUGGGGCCUUGUUUACCGCCGAUACAAGCCUUCCGUGGCAACUAAAGAGAAAGAGUUUUUCGACCGUAUUAGACGAUUCCGAGUCGAUCCCUCAACCAACUCCAUUGCAAACCCCGUCCCCGACUACUACGGCGAGAAAAUUGGCAGCGUCCAAGGCUAUCGACAGUGGCUGAAGGAUCAACGGGCCUACAACCGCAAACGUCGCAACUUCAUCGCUUAA